GGCAGGCAGCAGCAGUCUUUGGUAUUCAGAGGAUUUCCUCUGGGGAUAAAAAGGACGCUUUGAAUUGAUGACUGGAGAGGUUUAGGCUGCUGGUCGUGAGGAUGCUGUCGAAGGUUCAGAUCAGGUGUUUGUGGGCUCCGCUGGUGUUGCUGGCUCUUGUUUCGUAUUACCCCAGUAGAGCACAGGGUCAGGUUCCAGCUCCGAGGAGGCUCCGUUUCAAAGUGCUGAGCUCAAGCAAACUCCUGGUUUCGUGGAAGGAGCCCAAAGGAGACUUUGACAGCUAUCUGUUUCUCUACAACAGCAUACCAGGUGGUCAGCAGAGGGAGAUCAUAAUAUCCAAGUCUGACACCAAGGUGUUGAUAACAGACUACAGUCCGUCUAAAGAAUAUACUUUCAGUGUCAUCGCUGUCAGCGGCAGCGAGCAGAGCCGACCACUACAGGGCAGAUAUAAAGGUGACAGAGGUGAGAUUGACGGCGGAGACAAGACGGAGCCCCAGAGGCUGACUGAUUCAGUCGUACCUCCCGAGGAUGCCAACGAGAUCUCUGGAGUCGAUCAGUUUGUGUGCCACACUGAGGCCAUUGCAGACAUCGUGAUCCUGGUCGACGGCUCCUGGAGUAUUGGCCGGAUCAACUUCAGGCUGGUCCGUAUGUUCUUGGAAAAUCUGGUCAAUGCCUUUGAUGUUGGCUUCGACAAGACGAGGAUAGGUCUGGCACAGUACAGCGGGGAUCCCAGGAUAGAGUGGCACCUAAAUACUUUCACCACUAAAGAUGCAGUCAUUGAUGCCGUCAAAAACCUGCCCUAUAAAGGAGGAAACACUCUCACAGGCCUUGCAUUGACUUAUAUCUUAGAGAACUGUUUCAAGUCUGAAUCUGGCUCAAGGGUCGGUAUACCCAAGAUUGGGAUCCUCAUCACAGAUGGAAAGUCCCAAGAUGAUGUCAUACCACCAGCAGAGAGUCUGCGAAAUGCUGGUGUUGAGCUCUUUGCUAUUGGUGUAAAGAAUGCUGAUGAGAACGAGCUGCGCUCCAUCGCCUCAGAGCCGGACGACACUCAUGUUUACAACGUGGCUGACUUCAACAUCAUGAGCUCUAUAGUAGAGGGACUAACAAAGACGGUGUGUGAACAAGUGGAGCAGCAGGACAAAGACAUCAAGCUGAAACAUAUACCAGAGAAAACAGGAACGCCGCUUGACCUGCAGACAUCAGAGGUCACCGCCCGGAGUUUUCGGGUGUCCUGGAGCCACGCCCCCGGAAACGUAGAGAAAUACCGAGUGGUUUAUUAUCCUGCUCAGGGAGGAGAACCGCAGGAGGCCGUGGUGGUUGGUGGUGAGUCGUCGGUGGUGCUGCAGCACCUCAACUCGCUCACCGAGUACCAGCUGGCAGUGUUUGCUGUGUACGCAAACGAGGCGAGUGAGGCUCUGAGAGGAUCUGAAACAACCCUGGCUCUUCCCACAGUGACCGGCCUCCAGCUGUUUGAUGUGACUCACAGCACCAUGAAAGCAAGAUGGGACAGCGUGGACGGGGUUUCUGGCUACAUGCUGCUGUACGCGCCUCUAACAGAUGAUGGAGACCUGGAAGAGAAGGAGGUCAAAGUAUCCGAUGCAGUGACGGAGCUGAAGCUGGACGGGUUGACCCCUCACACUGAAUACACCGUCACUGUUUAUGCCAUGUAUGGAGAGGAGGCCAGUGACCCUAUUACCAACCAGGAUACCACGUUACCACUGAGUCCUCCCACCAACCUCCAGUUCUCCGACAUCACUCACAACUCCGCCCACAUCAGCUGGGACGCUGCCCCCGGUGGAGUGAAAGGUUACCGCAUCAUGUGGGUCAAGACAGACGGAGUGGUCACGCAGGAGGUGGAAGUGGGUCCAGCGACGUCUUAUGACCUCAGUGAGCUGACGUCUCUGAUGGAGUAUUCGGUGGCCAUCUUUGCCGUGUACAACGAGGGCCAAUCGGAGCCGCUCACCGAUGGAUUCACCACCACUCCAGUCCCUGGUCCUCUGAAUCUGCGCUCCGCCGAUGUCAACACAGACAGCUUUAAAGUCACCUGGGAUCACUCAGCCAGCGACAUUGUCCUCUACAGACUCUCCUGGGCCCCGUUCACAGGCGGCGACACCAAAGAGGUGGUCUUGAGUGGAAGCGACAACAGAUACGUCCUGAACGGUCUCAGUCCGUCCACCGAGUACGAAGUCAUGCUGACGGCGAUAUUCAAAGAUGAAUCGGAGAGCGACACCGUCUCCGUCAUAGAGACCACAUUGGGCAGGACAACAACAACUGCUACCACAACCACAGGUAAGAUGUUGGCCCGUCAGGCUGUGAGGAACCUUCGGCUGAGUGACGAGACCACCCAGAGCUUAGAGGCUUCGUGGGAGCUGGAGGAUCCCCAUGUGGAGAGAUACAGGAUCUCCUACGCCGGCCUCGACGGUGAACAGAGGGAGGACACUAUGCUGGUUCCUGGUGGUCAGAGGAGUGCAGUGCUGGAGCCUCUACUGCCAGACACACAGUACAAAGUGACGGUCACACCGAUGUACAGCGACGGACAAGAUGGCAUCACCGUCUCUGCUUUGGGUUCCACAUUGCCGCUCUUGUCUCCUGAAAACCUUCGUGUGUCAGAGGAGUGGUACAACCGCUUCAGGGUCACCUGGGAUCCACCUCAGUCUCCUGUGCAGGGCUACAGGAUCGUCUACCAGCCCGUCUAUGUACAAGGUCCAGUUCUGGAGAAAACAGUCGGCGAAGAUGUGAACUCUGUGCUCCUUCUCAGUCUGCUGAGUGGAACAGAGUACGGCGUCCAGGUGACGGCUUCCUACCCCGCAGGACAAAGUGAACCACUGCUGGGGAAUGCUAAGACACUGUUCCUCGGUGUCUCUGGCUUGUCAACCUACCAGCUGCGUCCCAACAGCAUGUGUGUUCAAUGGCAGCCUCUUCUUCAUGCCGCUUCGUACAGAGUCUCCAUACAGUCUACACUCAAUGAUCAGAAGCAGGAGAUGAGCCUUGGGGGCGGAGCUUCCCGGCAGUGUUUCUAUGACCUCACUCCCAGCAGCCAAUACCAGAUCAGCGUUCACACACAAAUACAGGAAAUGGAGGGACCCUCCGUCUCCAUCACUGACAUGACACUGCCGGCGCCCACUCAGGCUCCGACCGAACCUCCCACCACAGAGCCUCCUCCCACCAUCCCACCCGCUAAAGAAGUAUGUAAAGAGGCCAAAGCCGACCUGGUGUUCCUGGUCGACGGCUCCUGGUCCAUCGGCGACGACAACUUCAUGAAGAUCACACGUUUUCUCUACAGCACCAUGGGAUCGCUGGAUCUGAUCGGACCAGAUGGAACCCAGGUGGCCAUUGCUCAGUUCAGCGAUGACGCUCGGACAGAAUUCCAGCUGAGUUCCCAUGGCAACAAGGAGGCGCUGCUGGAAGCCAUUCAGAGGAUCAGAUACAAGGGAGGAAACACCAAGACAGGUCGAGCCAUCAAACACGUGAAGGAGUCUAUUUUCACCUCAGAGGCCGGAGCCAGAAGAGGCGUCCCUAAAGUCCUGGUUGUUCUGACGGACGGACGGUCGCAGGACGACGUCAACAAAGUGUCCAAGGAGAUGCAGAUGGAGGGCUACAUCAUCUUUGCGAUCGGCUUCGCGGACGCAGACUAUGGCGAGCUGGUGAACAUCGCCAGCAAACCCAGCGAGAGACACGUCUUCUUUGUGGAUGAUCUGGAUGCCGUGAAGAAAAUAGAAGAGCAGCUCAUUACCUUUGUGUGCGAGGCUGCCACUGCCACUUGUCCGUCUGUUUUGAUGAGCGGCAACACGAUGGCAGGUUUCCGUAUGAUGGAGAAGUUUGGCCUGGUGGAGAAGGAGUACAGCACCAUACCCGGAGUUUCUCUGGAGCCCGGUUCAUUCAACAGCUUCCCCUGUUACAGGUUACACCGGGAUGCUCUGGUGUCACAGCCCACCAAGUACCUCCACCCUGAAGGGUUACCCUCCGACUACACCAUUUCUAUGAUGCUCCGUCUGCUUCCUGAGACCCCGCAGGAACCCUUUGCAUUGUGGGAAAUCCUCAAGAAGGACAACGAGCCGUUGGUGGGGCUAAUCCUCGACAACUCGGGAAAGACGUUGACGUUCUUCAACUAUGACUACAAAGGAGACUUCCAGACCGUCACCUUUGAAGGAACGGAAAUAAAAAAAAUCUUCCACGGCAGCUUCCAUAAGCUCCACGUGACCAUCAGCAAGACGUCGGUGAAGGUGGUGCUGGAUUGUUCCGUCGUUGGAGAGAAGUCCGUCAGCGCAGCCGGUAACAUCACCACCGACGGCGUGGAGGUCCUCGGAAGGAUGGUUCGGUCCAGAGGCAGACGGGACAGCUCUGCUCCCUUCCAGCUCCAGAUGUUUGACAUCAUCUGCAGUACAUCCUGGGCCAGCAGAGAUAAGUGCUGUGAGCUGCCAGCAUUGAGAGUGGAGGAGCAGUGUCCCUCCAUGCCUCACGCCUGCACCUGCUCCCAGGACAGCAAAGGACCUCCAGGACCCUCCGGACCCCCCGGCGGUCCGGGCAUAAGAGGAGCCAGAGGAGACCGAGGAGAGCCAGGAGUGAUGGGACCUCAGGGGCCCGUGGGAGAAGCUGGUCCUGCUGGGCCACCAGGACCCCCUGGUCCUCAGGGACCCAGUGGACUCUCCAUUCAGGGACCCCCGGGAGCUGGUGGGGAGAAGGGCGAGCGAGGAGAGAUCGGUCCCGCCGGGCCAAUGGGUGUUCCUGGAGGUCCUGGAUCACCUGGUAGAGAUGGUCCACCAGGAGCGAGGGGCCUGCCGGGUAAUAAUGGACCACAGGGACAACAAGGGCCCCCUGGGCCUGGUGGAUCCCCGGGAGCACCAGGAGCCCCAGGACCAGGUGGGUCAUCAGGACCCCAAGGGGAACAAGGAGUCCCUGGUCCUGCUGGCACCAAAGGCGAUAAGGGAGAAAGAGGGGAUGUUCAGUCCCAAGCUGCUGUUCGAGCCAUCGCACGGCAAGUGUGUGAGCAGCUCAUCCAGAGCCACUUGUCUCGCUAUAACUCCAUCCUGAACCAGAUCCCCCACCAGUCGGCGGUGUCGGUCCGAACAGUACCAGGACCGCCAGGAGAGCCGGGCAGGAGAGGCUCCCCGGGACCUCAGGGAGAGCAGGGUCCACCGGGUCGGCCAGGCUUCCCCGGUACUAACGGACAGAACGGCCGACCGGGCGAGAGAG